AUGCCAUUAAAAAGUUCUAAGAUAAUAUAUUUUAAAAGAAUACGAUGGUCUCAAACAAGGAAAUUGACUUAUAUUACAGCUACACCACUAAUAAUUCGACCGGCUACAACGGCCAAUGACAGUGGAAACAACAAUAAACCGAAUGUGGUACAUAAAGGAGGCUUCUCGCGACCCACAAAUGAUCAAAACGAUCUCAACGCAAUGAAAAAUUGGUCAAAUGAAUUAGUAAUGAAUCCGAAGGUUAGUACUGAAAGUCCUAAGGCAAUAGUUAAUUCUGCGAGUAGUAGUAGUAAGGAGGUCGACAAUUCGAAUAUAGGAACCACAUUCAAGUUCAUUUCAAAUGAACGACAAAUAUGCGAUGAACUCGGAAAACUAAUAUUUGAUGUUUUAAAAACACAAGGUCUGAAAGAGUGUGAUAUUUCCAGACCAUUUCAAAUGCUUAUAAAUAAAUAUCGAGACGAAGACAAGAUCUUUCCGUUAAAAUAUAUACUUCCGCUACUACGGUAUGUAAAACCUAAAGGGGAUACACCAGAUCUUAUAUUAUGUCACAAACUAUAUGAUAGCUAUCGGCCUUAUAUGGACUUACUGAAACAAAACGAUUCUAUUUCAUAUUUCGAAUAUAUAUCGAUGAUGAUUAAAAUUGAAUACAAACUGAAAAACUUCCAGACAUGCGAAAAGCUAUUUUCUGAAUACAUCCAAUGUAAUCAACCCAAACAAGAGAUCUUAUUAGUAGGCUUGAAAUCAUUUAUUGCAAAUAAUAACAUUCAAUUAGCGAAAGAAUUUUAUAUCCAAGUUUUGACGAAUGAAGAUAACUUCCCGAUGACAUCAUGGGAAUUAUAUGGUUUUCUAAAGGAACUUGAUAAGUAUUCAGAUUUCACUACUAUCGAUUGGGCUUUCAAAUUAUGGAUUCAAUUAAAAUGCAAAAGAACAAAAGAUAUAAAGGAAAUACCGAAUCAUAAAACUCUUCAACUAAUACAUAAGGCAUAUCUAAUGACAAACGAUAUUGUUGCAUUAAAAAAAUUUUGGGAACUAGAUGCUAUCAAAAGUUCAAAUUAUCGAAAAAAUAUACUUUCAGAGAUUACUGAAUUUAUUCAAAAUAUAUAUAAAAACAAACCAAACACAUUGGCCAACCCAUAUUGUAAUACUAUUCCAAAAGACAAUACUGUAAAUAAUAAAAUUGAAAAUUCCCAUUUAUCUGCUGGGCAGAUUGAAUACUUUUUGAAGAAAUUACCUAAUGAUAAUGCUCUUGCAAAAAAUAAUAGCAAACUGAAUUAUAAUAAUAAUAAUGAAGAAAUAUCUUGUACGCGCUACAGGUUCUAUGAAAUGCUUUUAAAGGCCUACAUAAAGACGAACAAUUUAAUACAAAUGAAAGAGAUUUUAAUACUGGUCUCUGAUGAUGAAAAACUGCCUUCACAUGAGAAACCAUCAUUACAUUUUCUGAUUUUUCAACUAUUUAUGAAAAAUGGAUCAUUUAAGGAAUUAUACCCUUAUUUCAGGCAAUUAAUUAAUGAAGAUAAAUUACCUUUAAAACCUGAAUAUUUUUUCCUUGUAUGGGAAUGUGCAAUUCAAAGCUAUCCCAUGGAAUGGGUUAAGUACUGGUCUAACUUGAAAAAGAAAUUAUUAACUGGAAAUAGUGAUAUGAAUGAUGCUGAAACCACGCAUAGUUAUAUUAGUAUCUUUCCCUGGUUAAAUGGAUUUAUUAAAAAAUAUUCUCAAGUAUAUGAAAAGAAAAUAAAUGGAAGUGAAACGAUAAAUGUUUCCUCAUUAAGAGAAGAUGAAUUUAGAAAUCUAGAGAAAUUCAACGCUAGUUUGAAAAAAAAGAAGUAUAAAGAAUGUGAAUUAAUUAUAUUAAAUUCAAUUAGAGAUGGUAAAAAACCACAUUUCGAAUUUUAUUAUCAUAUCUUAAAGCGAUGUUUAAUGAAAAGUAAAUCGGAUCAAAUACAUGCGAAUACGAUAAAAUAUGAUAUGGAAGAAAAUGUUAUGUUAGCUCGAUUGGCGGAUGAUAUCAUACGAAAUUCGUAUCAUUAUAUCCCGUUGAAGAUGGAUAUUUUAUGGUUAAGGCGAGAGAUUGAAGUAUUGUUUGAAUUAAAUAAUCCUAAAACUAAUAGUUUAAAAUCUGUUAAUUUUAAUACUGAAAUAUUAAAUCAAAUGAGAUUGAUUGAUAAUAAACUAAAAGACUUUAUUAAGCUCCAUGAAUUACAAAUGAAUUUCCAAAAUUAUCUUCAAUUAUCAAAUAUUUGUAUUAAAGUUCGUCAUUAUGAAUUAAGUAAGUUUAUACUUACUGAAAAGGCAAGAAAGAUUAUCGAUGCAAGUAAUUCAUUUCAAUGGAGUUUAUAUUAUAUGGAAAUAAUAAGAGUUCAUUGUUUGACAAUCGAUGCUACAUCUGUUUUACAAAAUUUAAAAGAGUGGAAUGAUAACGUGAAUGCAACGAUCCGAUCGAGAGAUAUUAUACGAAAUGUUAAAAACUCACUGAAAUAUUUUUCAUCAUCUCAUGUGGAUAAAGGUUCCAUUAAUCUUGAAGUUCAAAAGGAAAUUUAUGAUGAAGUCGAAAAAUUGACACGACAAUUUAUUGAUAAUAAGAUAGAUGGACGUAAACAAUUAAAAAGACUUUGCAAUUUCCUACCCACUUGGCUAGAUACAGAAAUGGGAAAACGAGAAGAAAGUUAA